AUGGGAAUUUUUUUAAAAUUGAAUAAAAACGUCUACUCGAACUGUAAAUCUUACGUUUACAAAAGUAGUGGCGGUUCUAUUCUUGAUAAUAUCUUUAAUGUAUAUUGGAGCAUAUGUGUUAAUUUUGUACCUAAAUCAAUAACAGCUAACCUCUUAACUUUACUAGGAUUUUUGUGUUCAACAAUUGCAUUUUUUCUUAUGUAUCUUUUUGAUCCAUUAGAAGAAAAGUAUAAUUAUAUAUAUAUAUACAUAGGACUCUUUUUAUUCUUAUAUCAAGUAAGAUUUUUUUUUUUUUUUUUUUUUUUUUUUUUUUUUUUUUUUAAAUUUUUAAAUUUUUUUUUUUUUUUUUUUUUUUUUUUUUUUUUUUUUUUUUUUUUUUUUUUAUAUGUUGUUGGUUUUUAUUUACAUUAG